AUGGGAGUACUUGCUGCAAUUCAAGACGGAAAUAAGAAAGGACACAAUCUCAGAUUGACCAUAACAGAUUUGGAUGGUCACAUUUACUAUGCACAUGGCAAUGAACAAACAGCCGCAAAACUUCUUGACGCUUUCAAGACUACAAAGAGAGAACAAAUGGUUGACUCAGACUCAGACAUUUUGAAUGCAAUUGAAGGAAUUGCAAGUGUCAAGUUCGAAUGGCAUGAACCUAACCCUCAAGCAGUCAGACAACAUGCUGGAUACUUCCCCUUCAUAAAUAAGUCUGACAUUGACUUGACAAGGUAUGGAAUUUACAAUUCAAUUGAAACAAUUGUCAAUGAACCUUGUAUUCUUACAUGUCUCAGGAACUCUGGUCUUGUUACAGAUGAGAAGAUGAAGUAUCUUGAGUCAUGUGUGAAGACGAGGUACAUGCUCAGAGGUCAAUUGGCAAAAAUUGCACCGUUGGCAAAUGUCAAUAUCCGAGUCAACAUACCUACAGCUAAAGGUUCUUCACAUGACGACUAUGUUGUUGACAAAGACUUACCAUGGUUGAAGAUUGUAAUUGUCCACAACCACUUCAUGUUGAACGAAAGUCUUACAAACCCAUUGUUCGGAAAAGGCAAGUGCAACAUUGUCAGAGCUGUAAACAUUCUUUUCGAGAAAGGUUUGUUGGAACCAAUUCCAGAUGACAAGCUUACAGAAACUUUUGUACCAAAAGACGAAACAAACUUUUCACUGUUAGCAAGACCAAAAGUUGUUCCAGACAAAGUUCUAGUACAAAAGAAGUACACAAUUCCACAAGGAGUUGGAUUGUUCGGAUACCAACCUGAACCAGAAGAACUUCCAAUGAGGUUGCAAGAACUUCAAGAUGCUAUAAAUAAACUUCCAUUGAGACAUCCAAUUGACGUCAAAUUGUAUUGGAGAGCAUCUGAGUUAGGUCAGAAGGUUUUAUAUGAAACAGGUUGCUUCGACGAUGUUUAUGAGAUAACAGGAGAA